GUCCAGACCUGACGUGCAAACAUGCACCUCCUGGAACGCUCCCAUCAUCUGGGAAGGGAUGUUUGACCCUGAACUUUAUGACCAGAUGCACAAGACGAGAGGAUCCUCUGUGGCUCUCACAGUGUUUGCUGUGGGCAGGUACCUGGAUGCGUACCUGAAGACCUUCUUGAACUCAUCAGAGCAUCACUUCAUGCUGGGUUUGCCCGUGACGUAUUAUGUUUUUACGGACAUGACAGAGAAGGUGCCUGAAAUCAAGCUCGCUCCUCAGCGAAACAUGAAGGUGAUCAAGGUGGAGAGGAGCUCCAGGUGGCAGGACAUCUCUAUGAUGCGAAUGAAGACCAUAUCAGAUAUCAUAGAGUCAGACAUUCGCCACCACUUCACGCACGUCUUCUGCUUUGACGUGGAUCAGGUGUUUACUGGGAGGUUUGGCUCGGAGGCUCUGGGAGACUCUGUGGCUCUGCUCCACGCCCACUACUACAACCUCCCAGAGGGGUUGUUUACCUACGACCGCAACCCAAAGUCCACGGCAUUCAUGCAAACUGGGGAUUUCUACUAUCAUGCUGCCAUCUUCGGAGGCUCGUGGAGGAGCGUGAAAGCACUGACUGAGGCGUGCUAUCAGAGCAUCAUGGAGGACAAACAGAACAAUGUGGAGGCUCUGUGGCACGACGAGAGCCACCUCAACAAGUACAUGUGGCUGCACAAACCGAGCAGGGUGCUCUCCCCAGAGUACUGCUGGGACACCAGUAUCGGCUACAGGAGUGACAUACGAGUCACCAGAGUACUGUGGGCACCGAAACAUUAUGACACACUUCGCACACCUUAGUGUGUUUUUUGAUCAGUGUGUAAAAUCCCCUCCUGUCUUUCAAAGGGAUAGUUUGGAUUAUUUGGGGUCCUUAUCCAAAGUCAGUGUGUCACAUACAGUAGAUGUCAGUCUGCACGUCCCCAGUUUGGAGAAGCAGGCUGGAG